AUGACGCUGCUCACUGCCCUCUUGACCUCCUCUCGAACCUUCUCCCACCCGGCGCUGGCUCCACCGCUCGUCCAGACCCGCCUCGCGUCGUCCCGCUCCGGCUCGCCCUACGGCCGCACCCACGUCUGGAAGCUCCGCCCGAAGACGCUCCCGAGCCCAAUGGUGCCCGUCUACCCGCAGCGGCUGGUUCGCGUCGACGGCUCGACGGUCGUCCACCUCACCUCGUCCCCGCGCGCGGCGAUGCGCCUCACCCGCGACACGACCAACCACCCCGUCUGGAACGCCACGCGCUUUGUCGGGAUGGAGGCGGAGGAGGACGGGCUCACCGGUCGGCUGGGGCGGUUCAGCCGCAGAUUCGCGGAGCUGGGCAUGGGGAACGGGCAGCGGCAGGAUUUGUCUUGGAUGGAGGCCGAGGCGAAGGAAGGCGCAUCGCGCAGCACGUAA